AUGACUUCUCCCGCCGUCGCUGCUCAAUCACUGACGCCAGCCGCUGUGCAAGCGGCAUAUGGCCUGAUUCAACCCCAUGUGCACCGCACGCCGCUGCUGACCUGCAAAACACUGGAUACUAUCGCCUCAACGCCGCAGACCCCCGAAGCACUCGUCGGAACCCCAUUCGAAGGCCAAACCCCGGCUCAACCCCAGAUCAGAUUCUUCUUCAAGUGCGAGAACCUGCAGCGCAUCGGUGCCUUCAAGGCGCGAGGCGCAUUCCAUGCCUUGCUGCGUCUGUUGGAGGAACGCGGGGAAGAAGUGAAGCGGCGCGGAGUGAUUACCCACAGCUCUGGAAAUCAUGCUCAAGCUCUCGCUCUCGCUGCCUCGACCCUGGGCGUGCCGGCCUAUAUCGUGAUGCCGCGGAUCAGCACACCAUCCAAGAUCGCAGGCACGCAGUCCCACGGCGCGGAGGUCAUCUUCAGUGGAUCGACAAGUGUUGAACGUGAGGCUGUGGUUGCAGAGAUUCAAGCGAAGACAGAUGCCAUUUUGGUGCCGCCUUAUGAUGACUUCAACAUCAUUUGCGGACAGGGUACUACGGCUCUAGAGCUGGAGGCCCAGCACGCUGAGAUCCGAUCCCAGCCACUAGAUGCUGUUAUCACCCCCAUUGGUGGAGGUGGUCUCAAUUCUGGUGUGGCGACCUGGUUUUCGGAUAAGAAGACCCGUGUGUUUGGCGCAGAGCCUAGUUUCGAAGGCGCGGAUGACUGUCGGCGUGGCCUGGCGGCCAAGAAGCGUGUUGAGGCAGUUGGUACGCUCACUAUCGCAGAUGGGCUUCGCACUCCGGUCGGAUUGAUUAAUUGGGAGGUGAUUUCUAAUGAGAAGAGAGUCGAGGGAGUGUUUGCUGUGACUGAGGAACAGAUCAAGUCAACUAUGCGGCUGGUUCUGGAACGCAUGAAGGUUGUUGUUGAGCCUAGUGCUGUUGUUGGCUUGGCUGUUUGUCUGUUCGACGAGGACUUCCGACGCCGCGUAGAAAAAGAGGGUGGCGCAAGCGGUUGGGACAUUGGCGUUGUGUUCAGCGGUGGUAACACGACCGUUGAGGCCAUUGCCAGGAUAUUUGCAUAG